CUAUGGUAGAUUGGGAGGUUGGGGUGAGAGCAGUUGGGGCGGCCAUGUCUAGUAAGGGCAAAGCGUGUUCCUAAUUACUUCACUUAUCCGCACACAACGGCGGAAGUGACGUAGCGCCUACACAGUGGGCCUACUUUAGAAACAUGGCUGCGACCAGUCUAGUGGGUGUUUGUAGAGGAGUCUCUGCGUUCCUGAAGGCUGUCGGUUCCCUAGUAAAUCCCAAGGCCCUAGCUCACUCCGGUUGCAGGUUUUCUCUUAGUUUGUUACAUAAGAACACACCACAUGUCACAUCUUCUCUCCAGUGUAAAUUGCUUCAUACCACGUUGUCAAGGAAAGGACUAGAAGAAUUUUUUGAUGACCCAAAGAAUUGGGGGGAAGAAAAAGUCAAAUCUGGAGCUGCAUGGACCUGCCAGCAGCUAAGAAACAAAAGUAACGAAGACUUACAUAAACUUUGGUAUGUCCUUCUGAAGGAAAGAAACAUGCUUCUAACUCUAGAGCAGGAGGCCAAGCGACAGAGUUUGCCAAUGCCAAGUCCAGAGCGCUUAGAAAAGGUUGUGGACUCCAUGGAUGCCUUAGAUAAAGUUGUCCAGGAGAGAGAAGAUGCUUUAAGACUUCUUCAGACCGGCCAAGAAAAACCAAGACCUGGUGCUUGGAGACGGGACAUCUUCGGACGCAUCAUCUGGCACAAAUUCAAGCAGUGGCCUAUACCUUGGUAUCUAAAUAAAAGAUACAACAGGAAACGGUUCUUCGCAAUGCCUUAUGUGGAUCGCUUUGUCAGACUGAGAUUUGAGAAACAAGUCCGCAUUGAAGCAAGAAAGAAAAGUUUACAGAGAAAGAAAGAAAAGAUUCUCCAGGCAAAGUUCCCACAUCUCUCUAAAGACCAGAAGUCAAGUACUGUCUAAGAUGAAAUCCCGAAGUCCAGUUCCUCUGAUCUCAAAGCACAGUAGUCUGUCCUGAUGUGAAUGUCUGUUAGGCAGUUUAUAAAGAAAUGGUCUUGUCAAAUGAUGUCAGUUGUUCUUCCAGGUAAAAUGUCAUGUUAAUGAAUUCUACAUGUAGUGUUGCUUCUACCACAACCAGGCAGAGUUCAGGUUGAGUUCCACUGAACAGGUCCUGACAUCUAAGCAGCUUAUAUCACCUGAUGUCUUGGUGUAACUGUGAUGCUAUGGGCUGGAAAGAUGGCUCAGAGGUUAAGAGCACUGGCUGCUCUUCCAGAGGUCCUGAGGUCAGUUCCCAUGGU